ACCUCAGAGCUGCUGUAGUAGAUCCUCCAGACCUCCUCCAAGAAACGAUCUUCUUGUUCUUCAAGCAGGAGCUCUCUGUGAAGUUCUCCUAAUCUCUCUCGCAAGCCAUGUUGGGCCUGAAAGAAAUUUGCAGUGGGCUUCCUUUGUGCCCCCUUCCCAAAAACAGAGGCCGAAAGAGUGGGAUCCCUCAUGCUCCUCCAAAGACUCCCAAUCUCACAACCCAGGAAGAAAAGCUGGCUUUGAAGAACUCCCUGCGUUAUUUCCCUCCUGACUUGCAUAAAGUUCUGGCACCAGAAUUUGCCGAGGAACUGAGGUGCUAUGGACACAUCUAUAUGUACAGGUUCUUUCCUCAAAUUAGCAUGAGAGCCUAUCCCAUCUCGGAAUAUCCUUGCAAAACUAAACAAGCAGCUGCAGUAAUGCACAUGAUCAUGAAUAACCUUGAUCCUGCAGUGGCUCAGUUUCCCCAGGAGCUUGUAACUUAUGGAGGAAAUGGACAAGUCUUCAGCAACUGGGCACAGUUCUGGCUGGUGAUGCACUAUUUGUCUGAGAUGACAGAAGAUCAGACAUUAGUCAUGUACAGUGGACAUCCUUUGGGACUUUUCCCUAGCCAUCGCAAUGCUCCUCGAGUAGUCAUCACCAAUGGCAUGGUAAUUCCUAACUAUUCCACCAGAGAAGACUAUGAGAAGCAGUUUGCAAUGGGUGUUACAAUGUAUGGGCAGAUGACAGCAGGGAGCUACUGCUACAUUGGACCCCAAGGAAUAGUCCAUGGAACUGUGCUAACCGUGCUCAAUGCUGGCCGUCGCUACUUGAAAGCAGAGAACCUGGCUGGGAAAGUAUUUGUCACAUCUGGCCUUGGAGGAAUGAGUGGAGCUCAAGCAAAGGCUGCAGUCAUUGCUGGCUGCGUGGGAAUUAUUGCUGAGGUUGACAAAGCUGCUAUUGACAAACGCCACCAGCAGGGAUGGCUGAUGGAAAUCACGACGGAUCUGGAUCACUGCAUUAAUCGACUCAGAGAAGCAAGGAAGAAAAAAAUGGCUCUUAGUUUGGGAUAUCAUGGGAAUGUGGUAGAUCUUUGGGAGAAACUUGUCGAAGUGUUCGAGACCACUGGAGAAUUAUUAGUUGAUUUAGGGUCAGACCAAACAUCUUGCCACAAUCCAUUCAAUGGCGGCUACUAUCCUGUGGGGAUGAGCUUUGAUGAGGCUAAUAACCUCAUGUCCAGUGAUCCAGAGAAAUUCCGUGACUUAGUGAAAAAGAGCCUGAAGAGACAAGUGACUGCCAUCAACAAACUGGCUGAUAGAGGAAUGUCUUUUUGGGACUAUGGAAAUGCUUUCCUUCUAGAGGCUAGCAGAGCAGGUGCUGAUGUCAAGAUAAAAGGAGCCAGCAAAACAAAAUUCCGAUACCCUUCCUAUGUUCAGGACAUUAUGGGUGACAUUUUCUCCCUGGGAUUUGGCCCAUUUCGUUGGGUUUGUACCUCAGGCAGCCCAGAGGACUUGGCAACCACUGAUCUUAUUGCCACAUCAGUGCUUGAGGAAGCCAUACAUCAAGAAGUGAAUACAUCGGUGAAGCAGCAAUACCAAGAUAACAUCCACUGGAUUCGGGAAGCCAGGGAGCACAAAUUGGUUGUAGGUUCCCAAGCCAGAAUUUUGUAUUCUGAUCAGAAGGGUCGCGUAGCUAUAGCAGUGGCUAUUAACCAAGGCAUUGCUGAAGGAAGGAUUAAGGCACCAAUUGUCCUUAGCCGAGACCACCAUGAUGUAAGUGGUACAGACAGUCCUUACCGAGAGACAUCAAACAUCGAGGAUGGAUCAGCAUUUUGUGCAGAUAUGGCUGUUCAAAAUUUUGUAGGAGACUCAUUUAGAGGAGCUACCUGGGUUGCCUUACACAAUGGUGGUGGUGUUGGCUGGGGAGAAGUGAUCAACGGAGGAUUUGGCCUUGUCCUGGAUGGCUCAAAAGAUGCAGAGGAACGUGCAAGGAUGAUGCUGAGUUGGGAUGUUUCCAAUGGAGUUGCUAGACGCUGUUGGUCAGGCAGUCAUAAUGCUUAUGAAACCACCUGCCAAGCUAUGAGAGAAGAUGAGAAACUGAAAGUGACCCUUCCAUAUAAGGUGAUAGAUGACAACAUCCUGGAACAAGCCCUGCAUUAACUUUAUACUACCCCCCCCCGCCCACUCUGCCUUUGAAUCAGGCGACAAAUAUUUUUCUGCUUUCCAACAGUUUAAGGCAAUAUAAUAAAUAUACUUUAGUCUAUAUUUCCAAAUGGAAAAAGGCUUAUGAGAUCA